AGGAAAUACGUUAAUGCUGGAAAGAAAUCCCUCCCGUAGUGAAGUUUGGUUUGACCACGGCUGCUACUGACCGACCAGACGUCCAACGGUCGCUUGUCAGAAGCAUCAGCGGCAACCCACCAGGCCAGCCGCGGUCCCGUCCCUCAAUGGCUAACUCAACCAUUACGCCAGGUCAAACCACAGUUAUAGAAAAAGGUGAAGAUGGAGCAGCAGGGACAAACCCAGACUACAUCGCCUUCGUCCUGGUGCCCGUUUUCUUCCUCUUGGGCCUGCUGGGGGUGGUGAUCUGCCAUGUGCUGAAGAGGAAAGGCUACCGCUGCACCACAGAGGCCCAGGAUGACGACGACGAGGUUUUCGAAGAAGACAAAGACCCCGAACUGGGCGGAGAGCUGAACGACACCCUCAGUGACAACAAUGACACAGUUGGACAGAUUGUUCACUACAUCAUGAAAAAUGAAGCAAACUCGGACGCCCUGAAAGCCAUGGUUCAUGAGAACAGCAUUGAUUCUGAUGGUCCUCCUCUCACCCCGACCUCUCCCGGCACCCCGACCCCUCCGAUGACUCCCAUAUCACCGGGGGCGCCACCAGGAGCCGCCAAGCACACCUGCAGCCACCUGCACACCAUCGGCGGCCUCGGUGGCCAGAAGAACAUCUGCAACCGCUGCAGCCAGAAGAAGUGGCCGCUGAUGAGGAAGCCGUCAGCGGCACGCAAGGCAGAGCAGCGCCGCAGCCACUACGGAGAGGUCACGGUCCUGGCUGUGGGCAGGUUCCGGGUGACAAAGUGUGAAAAACCGACCAGGGAGAGGAGGACUCUGCUAAUAACAGACUCCAACGGGAGCGUCCCUACGUCACCCACAGAGGCGGAGCCACGAAGCCGGAUGACACCAGAGUCCCAGCAGCAGGCGCCUGUAGACAACUUGGACAGAGAGAAACGAUAAAAAUCCAGCUUUAGAGGAGCAACAUCUGGACACUUUUUAAACCCAAACGAGAACAUUGAAACAUCAGCACAGGAGGAAGAGUCGACCCGAGAAUCGUCUCUCCACAUUCUCGCUCCACAGGGAGCAAAACAUGCUGCUGAUGAAGACGACAGUGGUUAUUUCACAAGUAGAACAGGGGGUAAGGUGUGUGUAGUUGUGAUACACUCCAUUUUCCUCCUAUAACAGAUUUACAGUGGUGCCUUGCUCGAGGGUUUUUAGGCAGGGCAGCUGCUUGAUGUCAAGGAACCCUGAACCAGGGCUCUCCCAAUGAACUAAGGUCUUAUCACUCAACAUGUCGAUGUGGUCCAUGAUGUUUGUACAUAUGUUUUUAACAUGUUAUCAGCCAGUUUAUUUAUUAAACUACUUCCCCAGGAACAGGUACAGCCAGUGUGAGAUAAAGUUAGAGGCAGUCAUUCCCAAACAGGAAGAAGGAACAACCUGAUAUAGUAGCCGCAGAGCCGGGAAACAGACUGGAGUGUUAGUCGAUGUGAUAAGAGGAAAACAGCAGUAAUCACAUCCUGUAAUGGCGUGAACAUGAUGUCAAAGUGUUCCCUGUUGUCAGCAUGAUUAAGCAUCCUCACUGAGGUUGGGGUGUCUGUCUGCUUUUCAGACUGAUAAUCUCAUCUCUCAGUGUUGAUUUUCCAAUCUGACCUCUAAUGAUGAAGAAUGUACAGUAUUCUAUGUCAAACAGCAAAUUAGACACAGGCAGCGCACUCAAUGUUUUUUUUUAAACUAAGUGACAGUGUUAUUUUCACAACAGCAGCAAAACUUAAAGCUGCACUUUUUUUGGCCACUUGAGGGCAGCAAAACAAACUGUCAAUCAACAUUGAUGUAUUACUCAGGAGACAUGGAGCGACACUAAUAUUCAUUUUGAGUCAUGUGGAAGUCUAAUAUUCACUCUACUUUUAGCUCUAGUUUGGUUAUUACCAACUCCUGAGAGAAAUAUCUGCCUCUUUAGCUGCUAAAUGCCCCACCUGUUAGUCGCUAACUUCGUCUGUCUGCUGCCUUGUGUUAAUCAGGAAGAACACAGUUGGUUUACCAGAACUUUUUUGGUAAAAACGGCUAGCUACAUAAGAAAAAAAACUUUGAUGCGAGCUGUGAGAGUGAAUCAACAUAGCUGUGUGCCAUAAAUCCAAAACAAUUAGCUUAAAGAUACCAAAACACUAAGUAAAGCUGCAGAGUUAGUACUAAUUCUCUGUGGGUUUAUCACAUCAAAAAACCCCUUUUGUCUUACCUAUAGCCAUGUGACCAGUUGUUAAUAUAAAAAUAUUGACUGUUGCAACUUACAUUUACAAUGCUAAACACAGACAUUUAGACUUGAAUUAUAUGUUGUUGUUUUUUUUAGACUGCUAAAAUGUAUUCUAUAACAAAAAUAUAAUUUAUAGAGGUAUCACAUUAUAUUGGCUUAGACGUAGGAUUUCUCAAACACAUUUUAGGUUAAAGAUUAUUUACAAACAAACAAAGGAAGAGGGCAGUUUUUGAUUUGAUGAACCUCAAAGCAAAAAGCUUUUACCUGUUCAUUUAAUAUCAGUCUUUUCAUGUCCCUAUCGACUUCGCUCUGGUGUAUAUGUAGAAUGAAUCUUCAUCUGUUGAAGUCAAAUGAAGCUACUUAUUUUAAUUCAGCCUGGAUUUAUCAGAUUUUACAACGAGCUGCCUUUAUAUUAAUCAUCAGUGUACUAAGGGGUCAUGUGUAGAUACUGUACAAAUGACUUAAUCUGUUAUGGAUUAUCUGUCAGUUGUUCCGCCAGGAUGUAAGCCUUACUUUUUUCUAAUGAAAUGUGCCUUUCAUUUCUAAUCACGUGUCUACUUGCAUGGGUGUGUUUUAUAGUGAAGGACAGACAACGUGUGCUGCCGUUCAACAAGCGUUUACAGUGUCAAGAAUCAUUUGUUGUAGAGAGCAAUUCAGUGAAAGAUCUGAAUGUUACCUCCAAAAAUACUGUGUGGUCUGGCUUUAAAUCUGUGUGUGAGUGUGUGUGUAUAUCUGUGUAUGAGAGAGAGAGUGUGUACCUUAGAGAGGGAGACAGAUGCAAAUGAGUGACUUUUACAAUUCCUCCAUUAAGCAAAGUGUCAUUUCUCAAAACUUUGUCUUACUCUUAUAUGUGACCCUUCUGACUGUGAGUCAUGUUAACUUUGAACUGUCACCUCUGUUUUGAGGAUUUUGGGAAACACAAAGUCUGACAAAAAAAAAAAAAAAACCUAUACAGGUGCAAGCAGCAGAAGCCUCCCAAAGCUUUAAUUUUACAUUAAUAAUUUAAAACACUGUCUGAAACCAAUUGAACAAAAACACAGCUCAGAAAUUAGAUGGACAGAUGCAGUCCAUGUACACUUUGUUGCUCAGUGCUCCAUCAAACAGCUUCAGGUACAUUUCCACCACAGUCUGCGCUGAGGUAGGGCCGACCCUGAUUUGCAUAGAGCUCAGGGAAAUCAAGACAGAUUACAAUCAGCCUUGUGAUCCUGCCAACAGAGACGUAUUUACUACACGUGUCAGAGUUCACGUCUCCUAAAUGUCUGCAACAGAGCUGGCAGGUGUUAGCAUCACCCCCCAGUGAGAAUGAGAUCCAGGUUGAGAAAUACUGAGAAUUCUUUAAAUAAUCAGACGAUUCAAAUUUUUCCAACUCCAAAUACAAACAGAAGACAUGAAAUGACAAUGAAUGUGAAACAGUUAGUUCUCUAUUGUCCAGUGUUCUCUAAUUGCCAAAUCAGUUUAGUUGAAUUAUUAUUAUUAUUAUUUUUUUUACAUUUAACAUUCUUGACAAUACCCAGAAUAAAUCAAUCUUCGUUAACCACAGCAAAGAGCGCACACCCUCCAGAUGUGUUUUGAACUGACAUCAGUAGUUUGAAGUGUCUACCUCUUUUAUCCUUGGGUUUAAAAAAAACAAACCAAAAACGAAAAAAAACGAUCUGAUCAAGCAGCAGAGUGAACUUGAGGUUUCUUAAAGGGCCUGUUCCACUGACUUUAUUCAUAAAAGGUUAGUUUACAAGUCACAGGGUUAAAAUAGUUGUAUGAUAUCUUCAGGAGUUGACCCUAAUGAUGUCAUAGUGAUGUCACCAGGGGGUUAUCUCGACCUGGACUACAAACUUAAAAACACAAAGCUUUUGUUUGUAGUUUUUGACUCAUACCAGAAACUAAAGGUCUGAAUAUUUUGGGUCCUGCUGCUUUUUUUUUUUUUUUUUUUUUUUUGACCAUAUUUAAAAUUGUUUCAUGCGUCUUUAUGUUAAGUGCCACACUAAAUCUUCAGUGUCGCCCUUUAAAGAACCUUAAUCAGCCAACUAUAUCGUUGCUCCGGGUCACUGCGAUCAAAACGUAUCAUAUUACACGUUUUGUUUCAUCAACUUGUGAAUGUCAUGUCAUUGUGCCUGUUUGUUUUUUGUUUUUUUUUUGUAGAAACCUUCACACACAUUCUGUUAUUCAUAUUUUGGGACAGUGUGCUGUUUUUAUUGUUAUAUAAUGAAAGAAAAUAAAGCUGACUAAUACAUAUCAAAAUAUAAAUAA